AGACCUCCCGGGUCCGGCACUGGGAAGGGAGCCAGGCGCUUGCUAGUUGCCUAUUGGCCGGUGCAGCCGCCUCGCCGCCGGGGCGGACUCGAACCACGCCCCCUGGAGUGCGCAGGAAAGCCAGGCGCGCUAGAGCGAGCGGGAGGUCAUCAUGAGGAAACCACGAGCAGCCGUGGGAAGUGGUCACAGGAAGCAGGCAGCCAGCCAGGGUGGGAGGCAGAAACAUGCUAAGAGCAGCAGUCAGGCCAAGCCUUCUGCACCUAAUGCAGGCCUGGCCAGACAGCUGGAAGAGGUGGUUUUGCAGGCCUCUGUCUCCCCAUACCAUCAAUUCAGAGACAUAGCCGAAGUCACAGCCUUCCGAGGAAGUCUGCUAAGCUGGUACGACCAAGAGAAGCGGGACCUACCAUGGAGGAGACAGGCAGAAGAUGAGGUGGACCCGGACAGGCGGGCAUAUGCUGUGUGGGUCUCAGAGGUCAUGCUGCAGCAGACCCAGGUUGCCACGGUGAUCAACUACUAUACCAGAUGGAUGCAGAAGUGGCCUACACUGCAGGAUCUGGCCAGUGCUUCCCUGGAGGAGGUGAAUCAGCUCUGGGCUGGCCUGGGCUACUAUUCUCGGGGCCGGCGGCUGCAGGAGGGAGCUCGGAAGGUAGUAGAGGAGCUAGGGGGCCACAUGCCACGUACAGCAGAGACCCUGCAGCAGCUCCUGCCCGGUGUGGGACGCUACACAGCUGGGGCCAUUGCCUCUAUUGCCUUUGGCCAGGCAACUGGUGUGGUAGAUGGCAACGUAGCACGGGUGCUGUGCCGUGUCCGAGCCAUUGGUGCUGAUCCUAGCAGCAACCUUGUCUCCCAGCAGCUCUGGAGUCUAGCCCAGCAGCUAGUGGACCCAGCCCAGCCAGGAGAUUUCAACCAGGCAGCCAUGGAGCUAGGGGCCACAGUGUGUACCCCGCAGCGCCCACUGUGCAGACAGUGCCCUGUGCAGAGCCUGUGCCGGGCACGCCAGAGAGUGGAGCGGGAACGGCCCUUAGCCUCAUGGAACCUGUUGGGCAGUCCUGAUGUGGAGGAGUGCGCUCCCAGCACUGGACAGUGCCAGCUGUGCCUGCCUCCCUCGGAGCCCUGGGACCAGACCCUGGGAGUGGCCAACUUCCCCAGAAAGGCCAACCGUAAGCCCCCCAGGGAGGAGAGCUCUGCCACCUGUGUUCUGGAACAGUCCAGGGCCCUUGGGGGUGCCCGAAUUCUGCUGGUGCAAAGGCCCAACUCAGGUCUGCUGGCAGGACUGUGGGAGUUCCCGUCUGUGACCUGGGAGCCCUCAGAGCAGCUUCAGCGCAAGGCCCUGCUGCAGGAACUCCAGCAUUGGGCUGGGCCCCUCCCAGCCACACACCUCCGGCACCUCGGGGAGGUUGUCCAUGUCUUCUCUCACAUCAAGCUGACUUAUCAAGUAUAUGGUCUUGCCCUGGAAGGGCAGACCCCAGUGACCACCGUACCACCAGGCGCUCGCUGGCUGACCCGGGAGGAAUUUCACACCGCAGCUGUCUCCACUGCCAUGAAAAAGGUUUUCCGUGUAUAUGAGGGCCAACAGCCAGGGACCUGCAAGGGUUUCAAAAGGCCCCAGGUGUCCUCUCCAUCCAGUCGGAAAAAGCCCAGCAUGGGCCAGCAAGUCCUGGAUGAUUUCUUUCAACCUCACAUCUCCGCUGAUGCACCCAGCCUCAACAGUGCAGUCCAGUGACACCUCUGAAAGCCCCCAUUCCCUGAGAAUCCUGUUGUUAAUAAAGUGCUUAUUUUUGUAGUUA